AUUGGACUUUUAUGGAUUCAGUAAAGCAUAAAGAGAUAGUGAUGAAUCCAAUGGAAGAAAUACUAGUACCCAACACCACAGAUUCAAGUAAUAACAAUCUCUCAAAGCCAUCUUCUUCAUCUUUUGAAAGAAGGGUUAGGCCACAAAAGGCAGCAGCUGUAAACUGUCCCAGAUGUGAUUCAACCAACACAAAAUUCUGUUACUACAACAAUUACAGUCUUUCACAACCAAGAUACUUUUGCAAGACUUGUAGAAGGUAUUGGACUGCAGGUGGGACACUUAGAAACAUUCCUGUUGGUGGUGGAACAAGGAAGAACAAGAGAUCAUCAUCAUCAUCAUCUACUAGUACUACUUCAUCUAAUUACUCUUCAAAGUUUCCUGAUCUAGUUGUACCCUCCACAUCUACAGCUGUAUUGUCUCAAAACCCUAGGAUUCAUCAUGAUCAAUAUGGCCAAGAUCUAAAUUUAGGGUUUCUUCUAUCCACUAAUAAUUUCAAGAAUGUUCCGGAAUUUCUCCAAAUACCCAACUUUGAUGCAACCAGGAAUAUGAAUCCUUCUGGUUCUAAUGCGUCACCUCAGCUCUCGGCUUUGGAGCCCAUGAAAGGAAUUGCAACGAAUUCUUUCAUGCCGAUCGAUAAUUCGGUUUAUACACAGCCGGGACAGUUGAUGAUUCCCAUGCCGGAAUUCAAGAUUCCAUCACUUAGUUUUUCUUUAGAUGGAAUGGGAAGUGGUGGCAGUGGCGACGGUGGGAGGAUUUUGUUCCCAUUUGAAGAACUGAAAACAGGCACCACAUCAACAACUCAUGAUGAACCUCAAGGAAGGCAAAGUAAAGAUGAUCAGAAUUGUGAUUCCAAUGGGUUCUGGAAUGGAAUGAUGGGUUCUGGAGGCUCGUGGUCUGAUUACAAUGGAGUUUGUGAACUUGAAAGUUGGGAUUAUGACAAAGCGUGCCCUUUAAGAAGGAUGAAAUCAAGAUGAAUUGAAGUGCCAGAUCAGCAAGCAUAUCACAGGUCUUUUGAUCUUGAUUCAGCAGAUGUGUGAUAAAUUCUUCUGCUUUUUCUUUAAACUCCGAUGGAGGAGAACAUAGCACUUCAUCCAGCAGUGCAAUGCUACUCCAGGUUUGGUUAUAAUAUUUAUCACUCACCAUAGCAACUUUUUCGUUGAGUUCUAUAUCUUUUCUCUGUUCUUCACGUGACCAUCCUAAAAAUUCAAUUUUAAGAUCGGCAGUUUCAGACCAGUGGUAGAAGCUUUUGCUUGCCAUUUAGAAAGAGUGUUAGUGUUUUUUGCACAGUUUGUUUUAGGGUGAAGGGUUUUUUAAAAAUGAAGUGUUGAUGUUUUCAAAUAAAGUAAUCAUGAACCUUUAUAGUGUGUAAAAUGUUUGAUGUGGUAAAUGAACAGACAUUUCCUAAUUAUGAUAACCUUUUUUGAAGGUUUAAAUUUUGUUCUUUGGUUUUCUAGAUAUUUAAUUUUACUUGCUUUCCCAUUAAAUCAUUAAAUGUACAUGUUUUUAAAAUAUAAAUUUAUACACGUUUUACCACUAAAUCAUUAAAUUUUGUUCUUUGGUUUUCUAGAUAUUUAAUGAUUGCAUUUAAAAAAUGACCUUUGGCCUGUUUCAGAUUCUAUAUAAUACGAUUGACAAUUCAAAUGUUGUUUUAUCAUACACACAUUCAUUCACUGAAAGCCAAAGAUCAAUUGUUAUUGUUUGCUUUAAUUAUUAUAAAUACAUUAAAAUGGAGUCAUAUUCUGACGAUUUCAAGAAACGCUUUAUUAAACAAAUCGAAGAGCAAGUUUUGGCUGAUAGGUCUACUCUUCAAGAGUUGAAGAGGUGUUUUAACGGACUACAACUUGGUCUCCUGACAAGAGACCAGGUUUCGAGAAACCUGAGGGCGAUGCCAACUACUUCAGUUCGUGACCUAUGUAUUGCGAGUAAUAUAGAGUGUGGAGAUAGAGACCUAGAGUUCAUGAGAAAGAUCAAUGACAUACAUCGUGAAGUUCAGUGCUCCAUGGAGAUGAAGUUAAAGUUUCUUGAUUCUUGCUAUUAGAGUUUAAGUGUCUGAUUAGUUUUGUUUUUUAUAUGUAAUUGUUACUUUUUAAAUACUUUAUAUGGAUGAUCGUAUUAUUUUU